AUGUACUUCGACAACUCAAGCACCGAGGCCGUGUCUGGAGCAGGGGUCGUGGUCAAAUCUCCUCAGGGUCAAAGAUGGACCAACAAACAAGCCGAGUAUGAAGCGCUCAUUAUCGGCCUUGGGAUCUUGAAGGAAAUGAAAGCCACCCAGCAAGACGAGCUUUACCGAAAGGAGUUUGACGGCCUACUUCUACUGUGUCUCAAUGCCAAGGAUGCUCUUACAAUAAUGGGCAAGUCUCAAGAAGAAAUUUGUGGGGCUCAUCCGUCUAGCAUCAAAAUGAGAUGGUUGAUUAGAAGACACGACUACUAUUGGCUGACCAUUCUGAAAGAUUGCAUUGAGUAUGCAAGGGGAUGCAUUAAGUGUCAAAUCUACGACCCUAUACAGAGAGUACUAGCUGAGGCUUUGCAUCCAAUCACCAAGCCAUGGCCAUUCAAAGGAUGGGCCGUGGAUAUCAUUGGCAAAAUUAGCCCACCUGCAUCUAACCAACAUGCAUGGAUCCCUGUAUAG